AUGGGGAUGCAGAGGAGCAGGGCUCAAGGGAAACCGCUGCUCCGGCCCCUGCUGCAUCCCCCGUCCCACCCCGAACCCCGAACCCCUCUGAGGAGGGACGUAAAGCGCCGCGCGGCCCCCCCGGCUGAGGUGACCCCACGGGAUCCCGUGUCGCCCCGGAGGGCUCCUCGGCGGCCGCGCUGGGCUCCAGCGUGCUCCCGGCACGGGGGCUGCGGCUCUUCCCGGCCGUGCCCGAGCAGCGGCGCCGCCGCCGGGACCAGCGUCCCGAGGAAUCCCCCCCCCCCGCGGAACACACGCGGGGUUCCGGGCCCAAAACACCGGCUCGUGCCCGCGGUGCCGGCGCGAGCCGGGAGAGCAGUCGCGGGUGCCGGGACGGGCCCGGGGAGCACCGGCUGUGAACAACCCCCGGGCCCGGCCCGGAGCACGGCGGAGAGCGGGAUCUCCCACCGGCCCCACGGGGGACCCGAUCCAAGCACCAGGAAGCGACGGGAGGGAACCGCGGCGCGGGGGGGGCCGGAGCUGCCGCUGCCUCCGUGCGGCCGGGAAGCGCGGGACCCGUGCGGGGUCCGUGCGGGACGGAUGGAUCCGGCCCUCCCUCCAUCUGGCCCCACGGCACAAGCUCCGCACCCCCGGGCCCAGCCCGGACCCCCCCCCAGGCCCUCGGGGGCUGCCCGGGAUGGACCGAGCUGCCCGACCCCAGCCCGACCCCAGCCCGGCGGCACCUCCGCGACGCUCGGGGCUACCCGGGACCCGCGACACGGGACGGAGCCGCAGGAAGGCCCCGGGGGGGGGUGGGGGGGGUGA